AUGCGUGUGUGGUGGCGCAUGGCAGUGACGGGGGCAUCACGCGGCUAUGCGUUCGUUGAGUACGAAACGUGCCAGCAGUUUGACAGAGCGUACCGGCGAGGGUUGGAGUUGGAGGGUGUGGGAGGGCGGCAGGUGCUAGUGGACUUCUACCGUCAAGCACUGCUGCCGGGAUGGCUGCCCCGCAGAUAUGGAGGUGGAGUCAGCGGGAGGAAGGAAUCGGGGCAAAUGCGGUUUGGCUGUCGGGAUCGGCCGUUCAAAGCGCCAUUGAGGGAGGUCCCAGUGGCAGAGCUUCAGAAGCUUGGCAUUCCACUGCCCCCUGCUGGAAGAUAUCUUUCCAGCCACCAAGUUCCCCCCCUUCCAAACUCACUGGAGCGGAAGUGA